AAACAAAUGACUACUUAUCCUCUCUCUUCCUCUGUGCAGAGCUGCAGGUGUCGUCCACCAUCAGUCUCCAGGAGUCGUUUGAUAAGUUGUCCCCCGUGUCCUCGGGGAUCAUCGACCAGCUCAGCGCCCUGCCUGGACAAGACGCACCCAUCAAGGUGACGGCCAGCGUCUACAUCCCCUCCCAGGGCCGCCUGGUCUGCGGCAGAGAAGACGGCAGCAUCAUCCUGGUUCCUGCCACUCAGACCGCCAUCGUCCAGCUGCUGCAGGGCGAGCACAUGCUGCGGAGAGGCUGGCCGCCCCACCGCACCCUGCGAGGACACCGGAACAAGGUGACGUGCGUCCUGUACCCGCACCAGAUCUCCCCUCGCUACGACCAGCGCUCCCUGGUGUCCGGAGGAGUGGACUUCUCCGUCAUCGUCUGGGACAUCUUCACCGGAGAGAUGAAGCACAUCUUCUGCGUCCACGGAGGGGAGAUCACGCAGCUCAUCGUCCCGCCGGAGAACUGCAGCGAUUAA